UGCCUCUCCCCCACUGUUCAAUCCCUUUGGAAGUGGAGAAGAAGAACGCCAGCUGUUGAAGAGUUACAUCCAGUCCAGUCUACAGAACAGCCAAGGAGGACCUGAGAUCAGUUCCUGGGAACAAGAGGUGUUCUUUCUGUUUCGUCUCUAUGACUUUGAUCGCAGUGGGUUUUUAGAUGGAUUGGAAAUGAUGAAGCUGCUCUCUGACUACAACUCCCAUCAUACACCUGGAGCAGCAGCCWAUGAGUUGGUGGUGUCAAUGGUGGACUUUUUACUACAGACUCAUGAUCUAAACCAGGAUGGACUUCUGGACCCCUCUGAGUUGCUUUCUCCUUCAGUCAUUCACACACAGGCCUCGAUCAACAGAACACCUCUACAGGAGCAGGAGGAGCCGGCGGARAAAGUGCCAUCAAGCAGCAGGACUGAGGAGGAGAACGUAGUGGAGCACAGAGAGGAGGCAGCACAUGAGGAGCUUCGGCCUCAAGUGGACGAUCAAACUCAGCAGGAAGUGUUUAGAGAAAAGGAGGAGCCAAUAAAGCAAACAGAUCAACACAAUGAACAAGAAAACCACAAAGCUCCUGCAGGAGAAUGGCAGCAGGUCCAUGACAUUCCUSUCCAUCAGGGACAGCCAGAGAUCUAAAGAAACAGGAACUGCACCACUCAAACGUACAGGAGAUUGAAUACUUUUAUCCCUGCAGAUGGUUUUUCUCUGAACGCCGUGGACUAAAGAACAUUUAAUGAUUGGUUAAAGGGUUAUUUCCUCAACUGUUGCAGUGUURUAGGUUUUAUUACUGCAGCUUUUAAAGGGUUGAAGGGUAAAAAAUGCAUUGCUUUCUGUAAUGAUAAAAGCCAUGAAUAAUAAGAAACUAGCUAAUUAAUGCUUUUCUAAAAAAACUAUAUUCACAAUUUUAUGUCAUCUCAUGCUUUUUAAGUAAUUACGUUUUACUUCACUCAACGAAACUUUUAACAUGUCCAAGGAGUGCAGCGUUUCUAAUUAUGUGAUUUAAAGUCAGCUCAGUAAAACCAGUGUGCUUAGAUACACCAUUAAUGUGCCAAAAAAUAAUUAAAGUCUUCCUUGAGAAUAUAAUACUAUCACAAUGACUGAGUUUUUAUUGGUUAAAUUAGUAUUUAUUGAGUUAAAGAUUUUUACCACCAAUUUUGGGACAACAUGUCACAAUUACUGUGUAUUUUUGGUUAGAAACACCCAGUGAAAUGACAUUAAACACAAUUAUAUUGAAAUCUUUUAACAAGAAAUGUGUUUCCUCUGUAAGAGGAAUAUUUGUGAGAAUAUUGUUUGAUUUUUUUGAAAACUGUUGGAUUUAUGCAGCUUAAAAAUAAAGCAAAGGUUUCAUUAUA